GCUUUCAUCUUACAGGCAGCGAAGGGUGUCUGCAUGGUUAUCAUUCUGGAGACGUUUUUAAGGAUGAAUGAUUUAGUCAGCAGCAGUCGCUCAACACAAAGACUGACAUCAAAGACAUUUUAGUUUAGCUAUUUAAACAAAAAAUUAAAAGAAACAAGUGAAAUCCACUUUACUGGUUAUACAUGUUGUUCAUGGAACAGCAGGUGAAAUAUUUAAACAACACAUGGGCAAAUACAGAAUUAUGAGGCUUCAGCGCUCUAUUUGUUUAACCUGCCAUAUUUUCAAAUAAGUCCUUGUAAUAAAUCUGUGCUUUAAGCCAAGAGCUUCUGCCAUUGGACAAUCAUCCUUAAACAUAAUUUUUUUUGAAGUUCGUUUGAUUUUCAUUGACAUGUGUGCUCCAUUAAUCCAAAUCACCGGAAAGCCUGACAAUUGAAUGUCAUCAAUCACUCAAGUCAAGUGCUCUGAUAAAUUCACUGUGAUCGUGUGCUGAUGAGAGAGGGUCUCAGAGCCGGGAGGGGUCGCCAGCCGUAUGUCUAUAAAUGCAUCACUACUAAGUGCAAGAACACAGAAAGAGCUUCAGAGAUUUCAGCAAAACCUUCUGCAACCCAGAGAGGUGAUACUGAGUGGGAAAAAACAUUUUUCUUAUUUACACAUAUAUUCUGCUUCCAAAUGGAGAUUUGGAAACUAUCAGCAUUGAUGGCUACAAUUCUUGUAUGCAGCGUCCAAAGUUUGUCUUUUACUCUAAACAGGGAAAACUGGAUUUCAGACUGGGGGAAUGAUCCAGUGGAGGAAGAACUCGCCAGUCAAGCGGCUGCUCCGCUCAAGAGAUCCAAAUCUCAUCAGUUUUAUGGACUGAUGGGAAAACGCUCCGGGAUCCUCCAGCCUGUGAGAAUGGAUCGAAGAAGGCACAAAGGAGAUAUGUUUGUGGGACUCAUGGGCAGGAGAUCUAUAGCAGGUCCAGUGAGAAAAACACUUUCAGAGUCCAGCACGAGCAUGGACAAACCUGUAGUACUGAACAAAGAGUCAGAUCUGCAGGAGGAAUGGGACAAACUGCAGUAUUACCGAUGAUGGAGAAGAGAUCACAGUAUCGAUGCUGUAUUUAACCCUGUGCGUCUACAUCAAAGUAUUAUUAUCUGCUCAAAUGUUAAUAAAGAAAC